AUGUCACGGGUUGAUAUAGACCCAUUGUUAAAAAAAUUGCAAAUAGCAUUAAAAACUAAGUGGACGCAAUAUCAAAUAAUAGUAACCGAUUUUAUUAGUGGAAAAAUGAAUAGAGAGGAAUUUGAUCAACAAAUUAAUUUGAUUCUUGAAAAAAAAUAUUUUCGUCUUCAUAAUGAAAUAUUACUCACGAUUUAUACUAAUGCUAUGUGUGAUCCUCCUGAAAAAUCAUGUAUUUUUGGGUGGACUAAGAAAAGCAAAGAAUAUCAACGGAUAAGAGUUAAUGAUCAAAGAAAAGAGCUUAAAAGUGAAAUAAUGAGCCUUCAUUAUCGUGAUAGAUUGCGAAUUAAAUCUAUUAAAAAAGCAAAAAUGGAUUCCCUAGGAAGGUCGUUAAUCUCAUCUAAUACGUUGUUUGAAAGUAGAAUAGCAAAACUUCCUAAAAUGCCGCUUUGUAAAGAUAAAAUAUUUACAGAUUAUGCAAGUGACAUUCAAAGAGGAUACCAUGUUCCUUUAAGCUGUGAUUCCAUGGAAAUACCUGAUAUUGAUAGUUUGCGUGAAAGAAGUUUAGCAAUUGCUUUAGAAAGUGGACUAAUUGGAGGACUAAAAGAAGGCGUUCCUGAAAUUAUUCUUGCUGGACUUGAAUAUCAUCUAAAAAAUGUUUUGGCUAUAGUCAUUGCAAAAGUUAGAUUUCAGAAUUUUAGGAGAUCCACUCAUACUGAAAACUUAAAUAAUUUUAUUUUAUUCAAUCCAAAUAAGCCUAAGAGGAAACAAGAAAUAAAAAAGUAUUCAUCAUUAACUAUACAAGAACUUGGAUUGGCUUUUCAAUUGGCACCUUUUUCCUUAGUUGAAACACCUCCUCCUAUUACUAGAAUAUGGGCUACAACAUUAACAAAUAAUGCAACAUAUCAAGAUAAUAAAGUAGAAGAAACUAUAUUAAAUGUAAUAAAAGAAAAUCCUAGAUGUAAAAAAAGAUUUGAAUUAGCAUUAGUUUUAGAUGAGCUACUUGCUGGAGUGUAA